CUAUGUCGGGAACGCCCGCACCUGCGCCUGUACCGAAUACGCCCGCACCUGCGCCGCCCGCACCCGCGCCGCUUGUUGGAAGCAGCGACAAGGAUGCUUCCGACGACGGAACUGAGCCCGGCGUGGUGGUUGCAAUCGUCUUCGCGGUGAUCAUAGUCAUGAUGGGUAUCGGCUUCGCGUUCUACCACUUUCGGCAGAGCGAGCGCGAUGUUUGGGCGCCCGACGGGGUACAGCCCUGGGUCGUUGUCGAUGAGGACGGCGGCACCUGGAAGGAGCCAAAGCGCCGGCGCUCCAGGUCGAGCCGGGCGAGCCGGUCGAGAGAUGCCGAUGGGACCGAGAUGGUCGAGUCCUUUGGCUGGUCAGAGGAACACAGCGUUGGCUGGCCGAAUGCAGAUGAACUUCCACCUCCGCCUGCUGCUCCGCGCUCUCCUCGGAUGAAAAAGGGUAAGGGGAAGAAUGCCGCGAGACCCUGGUGA